AUGCCGGGCCUUCAAGCAGCAACGGUGUCUCACCUCGACGAGACGUCCGUCACUUCGCGCAGUGCCGUGUACCGCGGUGAGAUCGACACGACAUGGUGCAUCGGCUCGGUGCCGAACGGCGGCUACUCGCUCUCGAUCAUCCUCAAUGCGGUGCUUGCCUUUAUGCGCACGCCCGAAGUGACGGCGACCAACAUCAAGGGCAUCGCGCACAACGAUCCGCUCCUCCUCUCGGCGACGUACAUCCAGGCGGUCACGUGGACGCCGUAUGAAGUACGUCUGCAGGUGCUCAAACGCGGCAAGAGUCUGAGCAAUCUGCAGGCGGAUCUGUACCAGGAUGGAGUGAUGAGGAUCACGACUCAGGUGCUGGUGACCGACUUUGAAACGCAAAAGGCUGCGGCGGAAAAGAUGAAGCUAAAGGGAGGCGAGCAUGAUCCUGCAAAGAACGGAUAUACGAUUACGGAUAAGAGUCAGUGGGCGCCCGAGUUUCCACUCAGUGCGCCCGAAAAGUGCCAUCCACCAAGGCCGUUUGGCAACAAGGCAGAGAGCGGCAAGACGUUCGCGUUUGGAGAGCUCAUCACCGUAUCCGCCGAUCCCAAACACAUCCACUCCACCAAAACCUCCGACGUCCUCUCGGCCGGAGCGUAUUACGCUCUCACCCCCCAACCUCGCCUCCAACUCGAUGCGGACAAGGUGGCCAACGGAAGAACCUCGGAUGGAAAGAAUCUCAUCCCCUUUUUCGCAGACAUGUUCUUGUCCCCACCAAUGAUGCUUCCCGGUCACCACGAUGCUCAUUGGUACCCAACCCUCCAUCUCACCGUAGAGUUCAAAAGAGCCCUCCCCAAAGAGCCGGUUACCAGAACCGCCACGCUGUCGAGAGGAAGGUUCAUGAUCAACGGCCAGCACGAAUCCGAUACCGAACUCUGGUCCCAUCCCGACGAUCAGCACCUCUUCAACAGCCACAAGCCCACAGAGAGACGCAGCUGGAUCUUGGCCGUUGCCAGACAGACCGCGCUCGUGCUGCCGUUCGCCGUCAACCAGAACAAAACAAAGGCAAAGCUCUAG